CUGCCGCUUCCCUCCUCUGAAUCUCCCUGAAAUUAACUCGUCAGAAAUCAGUGAGCCAGGAAGGGGCCCAGCAGAACAGGAAGAGAAAGUAAUGAAGCGUAAAAGAAAGGACAGGAAGGGGAAAAAAAUGGUUGUACUGACAGAGAGGUGCGAGAGCCGAGGAGAGGCAGAUUUGGACAUCUCGGGCGGGUCCUCGCGCUCUGCUGUCACCCCGCUGAGGCCGAGGAGGCGCGGAGCCAGGGGGCGGUUGGCAGGUCCGCCCAGCCCCCUCCGAGUCUAGCGCCGCGUGCCGCAGAACCCCACUCAACUUCUCCCCUCCGCUUCUCAGUCCCACCCCCUUAUUUCCCUGUCCGCGAGUAUGAUUGGCGAAAGGAGGGAUCCCUCAGUGCCGUUCGUCCUAUGGAGAACGCCACCGAGCUGCCCCUCCUUCGCUCCGCCCCUUCCCCGUCUUCCCCUCCCCUCCCGAUGAUGGCCCGCCCCUCUCGCCCCUUCGCUUGGGAGCGGACGGAGAGUAAAUACAACAGGAUCGCAAAAUGGCGGAGCCGCUGAACCCCGUCCACGGCGCUGCCGCCGCCCCAGAGAAAGAAUCAUUCUGCAAGCCACCGCCGCCUCCCUCUCCUCGGGAUCCGUCGUGCUCUCUGUCAGCCAAAAAGGUCCGGACCGAGGAGAAGAAGCCGUCGCGGAGGGUGAACGGGGAAGGGGGCGGCGGCGGCGGCGGGAAUAGCAGGCAGCAGCCGCCUCCGCCUCAGAGCUAUGGCAGCCCCGCGUUGUGGAGCUUCGCGGCUGUGGCCGCUGCCGCCACCCCUCCUGGCGGCUUCUCUUUUCCCGCGGGCGCCGCUACCACUUCCUCCUCCUCCUCUUCUUCCUCCUCCUCCUCCUCUUCUUCGUCUUCCUCCUCCUCGUCCUCGUCCUCCUCAUCCUCCUCUUCUUCGCUCUCUCCCCAACCUCUGCCCCGCAAACUGCUCGUCUCCCCGACGCUGCUUCACGCACAACCCCACCACCAUCUUCUGCUCCCGUCCCCUGCUACCGCUAACACCAAGCCUCGGAGACCCAAGGAGAAGCGGGAGAAGGAGAAGAGGAGGCACAUCGCCGGCGGGGCGGGCGAGGCCGGCGGAGCGCGAGAGGAAAACGGGGAGGUGAAACUCCUGCAGAGAGAUAAAAUCAAAGAAAAAAUUAAAGAGAGAGACAAAGAGAAGCAAAAAGAAAAAAAGAAGCAUAAAGUAAUAAAUGAAAUAAAGAAAGAGAACGGAGAAGUCAAAUUAUUACCGAAAGGUGGGAAGGACAAACCAAAAACAAAUGCAGAAGAUUUACAAAUUAAAAAGGUAAAGAAGAAAAAGAAAAAGAAACACAAAGAGAGUGAAAAAAGGAAGCGUCCAAAAAUGUAUAGCAAAUCUAUUCAGACCAUCUGCUCAGGAUUGCUUUCUGAUGUUGAAGAUCGAGAAGCCAAAGGCAUCAUAGAUGAUCAUCUUGAGAAUUAUAUUGGAAAGAAUUUGGAUACCAAGAAGGACUUUGAGUCUAAGAUACCAGAGAACAGUGAGUUUCCAUUUGUCUCAUUAAAGGAACCGAGAGUUCAAAAUAAAAUGAAAAGGUUGGACACUUUGGAGUUCAAACAGCUCAUUCAUAUUGAGCACCAGCCUAAUGGAGGUGCAUCAGUUAUCCAUGCCUACAGUAAUGAACUCUCCCACUUGUCUCCUGUGGAGAUGGAGAGGUUUGCAGAAGAGUUUGUGGGUCUGGUUUUUAGUGAAAAUGAAAACUCUGCAGCUUACUAUGUAAUGGGUAUUGUUCAUGGGGCAGCUACAUAUUUACCUGACUUUUUAGACUACUUUUCAUUUAAUUUCCCCAAUUCACCAGUGAAAAUGGAGAUAUUAGGAAAGAAAGAUAUAGAGACAACGACUAUGUCCAAUUUUCAUGCUCAGGUAAAAAGAACCUAUUCUCAUGGUACAUAUCGAGCUGGCCCAAUGAGACAGAUCAGCUUGGUAGGAGCAGUGGAUGAGGAAGUGGGAGAUUACUUUCCAGAGUUUCUUGACAUGUUGGAAGAUUCACCUUUUUUAAAAUGUACACUGCCAUGGGGAACACUAUCUAGCCUAAAAUUAGAGAGUCGGAAAGAUAGUGAUGAUGGUCCUAUCAUGUGGGUACGUCCAGGAGAACAAAUGAUCCCUGUGGCCGACAUGCCAAAGUCACCUUUCAAAAGGAAAAGAACUACCAAUGAAAUAAAAAAUCUGCAGUACCUACCUCGAACUAGUGAGCCCCGUGAAAUGCUUUUUGAAGACAGGACACGAGCCCAUGCAGAUCACAUAGGACAAGGCUUUGAGCGACAGACUACAGCUGCUGUUGGAGUGCUGAAGGCUGUGCACUGUGGAGAGUGGCCUGAUCAGCCUCGUAUUACCAAAGAUGUAAUUUGUUUUCAUGCUGAAGAUUUCUUGGAGGUAGUUCAACGAAUGCAAUUAGAUUUGCAUGAACCUCCACUAUCUCAGUGUGUCCAGUGGGUUGAUGAUGCAAAACUUAAUCAACUUCGAAGAGAAGGCAUUCGCUAUGCCAGAAUUCAGUUAUAUGAUAAUGAUAUUUACUUCAUUCCAAGGAAUGUUGUACAUCAGUUCAAGACUGUUUCAGCUGUAUGCAGUUUAGCAUGGCAUAUUCGGCUCAAGUUGUACCAUUCAGAGGGUGAUGCCUCUCAGAAUGCAGAUUCUUUGGAAGUAGGCACAUCAACAGAUCACAUGUCGUCAGUUCUUGGACUUCAUACUGACAGCAUAAUUUGUACUGUAAGCAAAACCACCUCGGAUUCCAAUUUUCCAGACAAGCUGCCUACUAAAUAUGAAUUUCAGCAGAUUAAACAUGAACCUUUUUCAUCUGUAAGAAUUAAGGAGGAAACCGUGAAAAUUAAUAUUCUUGAAAAAACUAUGGCACCUAAUAAUUUGGACAGCCAGAAUGUUAAAGCAAAGUUGGAUCAUGUUGAAUUUACAGAAUUUAAAAUUGACAUAGACUCUAAAUUUGAAAGUAGUAGCAAAAAUCUAAAAGAAAAAUUGUGCCCUGGAAGUCAUAUAAGUUUAGAUGACACAAGGCAGCAUAGUUCAACACAUCCAAGUUUGGAUAGAAAAGAUGAUGACAUUUUGUGCUAAAUUUGUACAUACAGUUUUAAAUUCUAUUCUUUUUUAAACUUAAUGACAUAAUAAUGUAAAGAUUCAUAAAAUUCUAAAAGCAAGCCAAUGCCUUGCUUUCAUGUCUGUUACAGAAAAUAGUUGAUGUAGCUUUGUAACAUUCCUCAGUGCCUGUCCAUAACUGUGAAGUAUCAAAGCACUUAGGGCCAGAUGCACUGUAAACACUGCAGGUUUAACAUAAAGAAGUCUUUAAAUCAUUUGAGUUGUAGGUUUUAGAGUAGAGCUGACAUUAACAUAUAUAUAUAUAUAUAUAUUUUUUGUAAGAUGAGCCAGAAUUCUUUUUGACAAUUCAAGGCUUUUCCAUAGAGCUUAUUUAUACCAAUUUUUUUUUCCAUUUUAAUGUGUCAGCACUGUAGUGUAAAUAGCUUUUUUAAAAGAAAUCUUUUUAGUGUGAUUUUUACUGAAAUGUG